CAGUCAUUAAUUCUAUAUCCGGAUGUUAGUGGCGGUUUAUCAACUGGUGUUUGUAGUAUGGCUUUUUCACAUACCUAUACAUAUAAACAAGACAAUUCCACUUCUUAUCCUUUAUUGGCUACAAUAUGUGAUCGACCUGAUUGGAGUACAUUACGUGUAUGGUGUAUCAAUAGUAAUAAUCAUCAUCAGAAUCAUAGUUCAAAAUCAUUUCCACUUUCAAAUGAUAUUAAAACAAAGCAUUCAACAUUCAAUGCUCGACAACAACAACCGAUCAAAUUAAAAACUGCCAUUUCAAAACGAACUACUAAUCAUGAACGAGGUGUUCGUAUGAAAACUUUCUUGGCAAAUUUCAAUCAUGAUAAUAAUCACAAUAAUCAUAGUAAUAAUAAUAAUAAUAAUAAUAAUAAUUCACUUAAAAUUCAAGAUGAAAUUUUAUUUAGUCAAUCAAUGGAAAAGUAUCCAUAUGCCAUUGCUACUUAUAGUUCAUCAUCAUCAUCCAGUGGGGGGACUUCAUCAACAACACCACCACCUUCACCAACGAAUAAAGCAGCGGCAACUUCAGCAUCAGCAGCAGGAGUAGUAACAUCAGAACGUUCAUCUGAUCGUUCUCAUUAUCGUUUUAGACAUUGUCAAUUUAUGAAAUAUUCACCCAAUUCUUCAAUAUCAUCAAAUCACCUAUCGUCAUCAUCAUCAUCAUCAUCAUCUCCGGAAGGUUUAAAGAUUAGUAAAAAUCAUACGGCUGAAUCUAUGCUUGUCACAACUAUUCAACCAUUGUGUGCUAAUCGUCGAAGUUUCAGUCGUUUAGUUGUAUGGUCAGUACCGCAUCCUUCAGAGACGGUAACCUGUGAUUCAUCUUCAUCCUCCUGCUCAUCAUUAUCAAAUAAUCAUAUUAAAAUGUAUCAACCAAUUCAGUUGAAUAUUUUUGCAGAAACUACUUUUCCUCAAGGACAUUUACCUGCUUGUCUAGCUGUUCAUCCAAGUCGAUCACGUGGUUUAAUUGGAGUAGGCACUAUGGAAGGACGUGUUGAUGUGUAUUUGUAA